AUGGCCGCCUCGCUGCCCGGCCGCCACAGCCUCCGCGGCGCCACAUCUGCUGGAGGCGCAACCCCCGCUGCCGUUUCCCCCUCCACCACCGUGCCAUCGAUCUUGUCCACUGGAGCUGACAAUGCAAAUGAACCUUAUCUGCUCAUUUAUUUCCCUCUGUCCUGCCCGCAGAGCUCGGUGGUGAAGCUUGGGCCGUGGGGCAGCGGCGACCACGGCAGCGCCUACGACAUCACGGUGGCGCCGCAGCGGCUGGAGAGCAUCUCCCUCCGUCAUGGCUUCAUCGUCGACUGCAUCUCCUUCUCCUACCGGGACCGGGACGGCAAGCUGCACACCGCCGGGCCCUGGGGCAGCACCGGAGGCGUGGGCGAGGAGACCAUCACCCUGGGCCCCGACGAGUACGUGACGGAGGUCGCCGGGGCGGUCGGCCCCUUCGGGGAGCUCACGCACACCGUCGCCUGGCUCAAGUUCGUCACCAACCGCGCCACCUACGGGCCCUUCGGCCACGGCGAUGGCACGGCCUUCAACAUCCCCGUGCUCAACAACGGCAGCAUCGUCGGCAUGUUCGCUCGCGCUAGCCAAUACCUCGACGCCAUUGGCUUCUACGUCCUCCCCUUCUGA